AUGUCUCGAGCCGAGCUCAAAGUCAAGCCGUCGUUCAGCUAUCUCGAUGUCGACCAGAUUGAAUCCGAGUCUGAGCCCGAGGUUGAGCUAGACACACCAGAGGAAUCAGACGCUCAAAAGACAUCUGCCCCUUUAACAAAGAGCGCAAAGAAGCGUGCACAAGAAAAGGCUCGUAUUGCAGCCCGAAAAGCCGCGAGAGCCGGGGCCCGGACGCCUGACACUCCACCACAAACUGAGCCAUCUCCUGUUGCUGAUCUAGCACCGACUUCAGCACCGGUACAAGCUUCAGAGCAAACCGUCACAGCUCCCGUUCAUAAACCGGAUCCAGUAGCCAUCAAAGAGGAGGCGCCAAAGGUCCCCGAACCAUCAAAGCCUCCACCUAAAGUACUACCGCCUGUAGUGACGUCAGUACGACCACCGAGUCAACCUCCCUUUUCGCCAAAUCUCCCCGCGGACAUACCGAAGCCUGCAUCUCCUGGUUUAUCUAGGAAGCGCAAGGCGGAUAACCCGGGUCCUGAGCCUCUGCCAAAGGAGAGCAAAGUAGAGCUCGAGAUACGGAAAGAUGAGCAAGGUGUUCAUGAAGUUCGCCCGCACGUUGUCCAAGGUCCAGGAAAUGGAACUGAUCACGAGAAGGGAAAGCGCAUGCAGAGUGCUAUCACACGUACAAUCUGGACACUAAUAAUGAUUGGAGGGUUUUUUGGGUUGAUGGCUAUGGGUCCCGCAUACCUCAUUCUACUUGUUAUGCUCUGUCAGACAAUCGUUUACCGAGAGGUUACUGCGCUAUUUGCAUUGACUGGACGGAAGAAGCUAAGCAGUCAAAAUGAUAUGGACGAUGAGGCUGCCCGUGAUCCGUGGAGCAAGACCAUCAACUGGUAUUUCUUCGCCGUCACAAAUUACUUCCUUUAUGGCGAAAGUAUUAUUUACUACUUCAAGCAUGUGAUCUUCGCGGAAGCCUCGUUUUUGCCAUUUGCCACAAACCACCGCUUCAUCAGCUUUAUGCUCUAUACCAUGGGCCUGGUUGGUUUUGUUGGAAGUCUGAAACGCGAGUACCUGAAGCAACAAUUUGGUUUGUUUUGUUGGGUUCAUAUGACUCUUCUUAUCGUGGUCGUCUCAAGUCACUUUAUUGUCAACAACAUUCUCGAGGGUUUGAUCUGGUUCUGGCUUCCGGCUUCACUCGUGAUCUGCAAUGACGUUUUCGCAUACAUCUGGGGAAUGACUUUCGGUAAAACGCCAUUAAUCAAGCUGAGCCCAAAGAAGACCGUCGAAGGCUUUGUUGGUGCCUUUUUCAGUACAUUGUUGUUUGGCUACUUGUGGGCAACGAUAUUUAUGAGGUAUAACUAUUUCAUCUGCCCCGUUCGUGAUAUCGGCACUGCAUCAUGGUCAAACGUGACCUGCAAGCCAAACCCAGUUUUCUUGUGGAAAGAGUACAAUGUAUGGCCCCCUUUGGGUGCUAUAUUUGCACCCGUACUCGGUCAUCCUUUACGCACGAUCCCAUAUACCCCCUUCCAAAUUCACGCCUUGUUUAUGGCCACAUUUGCAUCACUGGUCGCACCCUUUGGCGGCUUCUUCGCCUCGGGGUUCAAGCGCGCCUUUAACAUCAAGGACUUUGGACACAGUAUCCCAGGACAUGGUGGUAUGACGGAUAGGAUGGAUUGCCAGUUCCUCAUGGGAAUGUUCUCUUACGUCUACCUGUCUUCCGUUGUCAGAGUCCACCAAGUCACCGUGGGAGGUGUAUUACAAAGUGUGGUUUCCGGCCUGUCAGUUGAGGAUCAAAUUACUCUCGUACGAGACUUGCUUCACUACCUAGAGAGACAAGGGAUCUCUACACAACAAAUAGUAGGCGUACCUUCAUGA